AUGACGACCACCAUCAUCACCACGCAUAUCAAUUUUGACGAUGUCACUUGUCUUAACGAAGCCGAGCAUGGGUCUGGAAAAGCAAUAGUCAAGAAGACCUGGGCGGAACGCCUCAGCGACCAACCCGAGGUCGAGAGUGAUGCUGACGAGCAGCUACUGGUUAACGUUCCUUUCACUGGGCAAGUCAAGCUGCACUCAAUCCUGCUGAGAACAUCCAACUCACCCAGCGCACCAAAAACGCUCAAGGUGUUCAUCAACAGAGACGACGUCGACUUCAGCACGGCUGAGGAGCAAGAGGGCACGCAAGAGUUUGAGCUCUCGCAAACGUCAGAUGUUCAGGAGCUGCCAGUCAAACGAGCGCGCUUUGGCAAGGUCCAAAGGCUCACUCUCUUCUUCCCAGAUAAUUUCAGUGACGGCGAGGAAGACGUCACCCGGAUUACUUAUCUAGGCUUCAAGGGUGAAUGGAUGCAACUGGGAAGAGCACCGGCAAACAUUCUUUACGAGGCCGCCGCGAAUCCUAGCGAUCACGCUGUGAAGGGCACGUCUGUCAAUCAGAUGGGAAGUCACAUCGGUGGACGUGGACCUGGCAUGUAA